AAGUGUAGCCCCUAAAACCCUGGCCUUAAACCCCUCCCUUCUCAAGUCUCAACACCAGAAAAGAAGGUAUACUCCAUAAAUGGCCACUUCUCUGCUCCUCCGCUCUCUCCGGCGUGCUGAUCUUCCUUCUUCUACCUUUCAUGCUUACAGAUCCUUGACUGGAAAUGCAAAGACAUCAUUGGCCUCAUCACCUUUGGUUAGCAAAUGGACAUUGUUGGCCAGACCUUUUAGUUCAAGACCUCCUGCCAAUGAAGUUAUUGGUAUUGACUUGGGUACCACCAAUUCAUGUGUUUCAGUGAUGGAAGGAAAGAAUGCCAGAGUUAUUGAAAAUGCUGAAGGGUCUAGGACCACACCAUCAGUCAUUGCCUUCAGCAAAGAUAAUGAGUUGAUCGUCGGAACGCCGGCCAAACGUCAGGCUGUGACAAAUCCAACAAACACACUUUUUGGAACCAAACGUCUUAUAGGAAGAAAAUUCAAUGAUCCCCAGACACAGAAAGAAAUAAACAUGGUUCCAUAUAAGAUUGUUCAAGCUCCCAAUGGAGAUGCAUGGCUUGAAGCCAACGGACAAAAAUAUUCCCCAAGCCAAAUUGGUGCAUUUGUUCUCACCAAGAUGAAAGAAACUGCAGAGGCAUAUCUUGGGAAAACAGUAUCCAAAGCUGUGAUCACAGUUCCAGCUUAUUUUAAUGAUGCACAGCGUCAAGCAACAAAAGAUGCUGGGAGAAUUGCUGGUUUAGAAGUUCUGAGAAUUAUUAAUGAACCAACUGCUGCUGCUUUAUCUUAUGGUUCAAAUAAUAAGGAAGGUAUCAUUGCAGUCUUUGAUCUUGGAGGUGGAACUUUUGAUGUUUCCAUUUUAGAAAUUUCAAAUGGUGUAUUCGAGGUCAAAGCAACAAAUGGAGACACCUUCUUGGGAGGUGAAGACUUUGAUAACACUUUACUGGAUUUCUUAGUUAGUGAAUUCAAGACCACUGAGGGAAUUGACCUGUCAAAGGAUAAGCUUGCUCUGCAAAGGCUCCGGGAAGCAGCUGAAAAGGCCAAAAUUGAACUCUCAUCUACAUCACAGACUGAUAUCAACCUGCCAUUUAUAACUGCUGAUGCUUCUGGGGCAAAACAUUUUAAUAUGACUUUAACCAGAUCAAAGUUUGAGGGUUUGGUGAAUCACUUAAUUGACAGGACGAAAAACCCAUGCAAGAACUGUUUGAAGGAUGCUGGUAUAUCUAUCAAUGAUGUGGAUGAAGUUUUGCUUGUCGGAGGGAUGACCCGUGUUCCCAAGGUGCAACAGAUAGUUGCUGAAAUUUUCGGGAAGAACCCCAGCAAAGGGGUUAAUCCUGAUGAGGCAGUUGCAAUGGGAGCUGCAAUUCAAGGAGGUAUCCUUCGUGGUGAUGUUAAGGAACUUCUCCUGCUAGAUGUUACUCCUCUGUCACUUGGUAUUGAAACACUUGGUGGAAUUUUCACCAGGUUAAUCAACAGAAAUACAACCAUCCCGACAAAGAAAUCUCAGGUAUUCUCUACAGCAUCCGACAAUCAGACUCAGGUAGGAGUUAAAGUGCUUCAAGGCGAGCGUCAAAUGGCAGCUGACAACAAGCUUCUGGGUGAGUUUGAGCUUGCCGGUAUCCCCCCUGGACCUAGAGGAAUGCCUCAGAUAGAAGUGACAUUUGACAUCGAUGCCAAUGGAAUUGUUACUGUUUCGGCCAAGGAUAAGGCAACAGGGAAAGAGCAGCAAAUUACAAUUAAAUCAUCUUCAGGUCUUUCAGACGAUGAGAUUGAAAGAAUGGUAAAGGAGGCUGAGAUGCAUUCCCAGAAAGACCAGGAAAGAAAAACUUUGAUUGAUUUGAGAAAUAGUGCUGAUACAACCAUAUACAGCAUCGAAAAGAGCUUAGGAGAAUACAGGGACAAGAUUCCAGGUGAGAUCGUAGCAGAGAUAGAGACUGCUGUUGCAGAUUUGAGAACAUCAUUGGUUGGUGAAAAUAUUGAUGAAAUCAAGGCAAAGCUUGACAAUGCAAAUAAGGCUGUUUCAAAGAUUGGAGAGCAUAUGUCUAAAGGCUCUACUCCUUCUGAAGGAUCUCAAGGAGGAGAUCAAACCCCAGAAGCAGAAUAUAAGGAGGCCAGGAAAUAGAGAAUGAUACAUUUUGUGUCUUUUCUCGUAUAAUUUUUUAUUUCAUAGCUUGAGGUCUAUCUUAAAGUUUUGAUCUUCACUAAGUCAUAUGCUUUGUAUAAGUUUCUAUUCAUUUUCUCUUCAUUCAUCUUGAUUUCUUGAAGAACUAAUGUCCAAUGGAGCUCAGCAUUUUUUUCUCUUGUUCAAUGUUAAAAUGCGUUCACAUAUUUAUGAUGAUUAAAAUUUGUCUGGUGAA